CUAGGUGGGGCAAAACCAAAGCCUGAGGGUUUGCAAAAGCUGUUCGCAAGCAGCAAGGUCCAAGAGGAGCAACAUGGCGGUCACAGCGUGCGCUUUGGAAAGGGGGGCGUGCCUCUCGAUCGAAUGUGCCCGGCCCGCCAUCAGGGACAGAUGUGCGUCGGCGCAUUGUGCACCACUGGGCUUGCAAAGUGGCCUACGGAAGCAACGGUCUUCGGAUUCCUCCAGUCCUUCCAUCUCAUCCCACGUCGGUUUCGCCCGCACCACCACCCUUUCUCAAGUCUGCUCCCCCUCUAGCAGCACAAGCCAGCAAUGGCUCAAAGCCACUGCACGCGCCAGGCAGACAUCGAGGCUGUCUAUGAUGGCAAAAGAGCAGGUGUUUUUUGACGGGGGGCCGCACUGGGGCGACCUCGCAGUCAACCUCGUGUUUGGGAUCUCGGUGCUGUGGUUGCCCCUCACGGUGGCCGCCGUCGCGAGGGGGCUGCUGGCCAGGUACCGGUUCACCGACCAGCGGGUGACUAUCAUCGGAGGCCUUUCAGGGGAAGACCGACGCGAUUUCAGCUACAAAGACGUGAAAGACGUGAAGUAUGUGCCUAGGUUCUUGGGCGACUGGGGAGACCUCGUCAUCAGCUUGAACAACGGUGACCAGAUCGAGUGCCAAAGGAUACCCAAACAUAAGGAGAUUGCAGCGUUUGUCGAGAAGCAGGCUGCUGCCGCAAAGCCCGGAAACGUUGCUGCAGGGGCAAAGGGACAAUAGCCGGGAAAGUUGCUUCACAGGCAGUUCAAGGGGACCCUCUAAGCCGUGUUGAUCUUGCGAAGGCGAGAUAUCUUGCCGUUGUUCGGAUUGCAAAUCUAGCGGGGCGCUGUUGUGCACAGGCUUUGGCAAGCCUUGUCUCAGUGUGCGGAGUCCUAACAGUUUUGUCCUUUACCAGAACUGAGAAACGUCGUCAAGCUUUGUCCUUCAGGGGAAAUCUAUCAUAGUGGCAAACGCUAUUAACCUGAAUUGUGAGAUCGACUUCAAGCCUUCGAUUACCAGAGUUGGUUGCUUUUGAUUGUUGAAGCAUCUAGGACACCAUGCCUACCAUCGUGCGCACAAUCAGCUGCAAGUCACUCUGCCCUGGCGGCAUGCCAACUGGGAAUGUUGACCACGUACCUAGGACAGGGCCGGGGUUUUGCCAGUCAAGGCUGCCAAUUAAUCGGUGAUCCACGA